AUGACUUGUACCAAGGUUUUCCUAUGUUUGCUUCUUAGUGCACUAGUUUACACUACUAGUGCUAGGAAGCUAGUGAAUUCUCAUUCCUUGGAAGAUGAGAAAUUCUUGUUUGGCCACCAUCAUGGGGGCCUAGGUGGAGGAGGAGGUGGCGGCUUCGGAGGUGGAGGCGGAGGAGGCCUCGGCGGCGGUGGAGGUCUCGGAGGUGGUGCGGGUUUCGGAGGUGGUGCUGGUGGAGGAGCUGGUGGUGGUCUUGGUGGUGGAGGUGGUGGAUUAGGUGGAGGAGCUGGUGGUGGUGGAGGAUUUGGCGGCGGUGGUGGUGGUGGACUUGGUGGCGGACUUGGCGGUGGUGCUGGAGCUGGAUUUGGUGGUGGUGCUGGUGGUGGACUUGGACAUGGAUUUCCUUGA